AAACAGUGCUGUAAAACGAAGCUUGGGUCACAGCUGUUUGGACUAUAAAUUCUUAAUUAUUAUUUUGUUUCCUUUGUUUUUCUUCUUUUGUUGCUUGUGUUAAUAAUUAUUAUGGUUCUUUUGCAUAUUUUGUCCGUCCUGUGUCUUUUUUUCUCCAUCAAUGAGGCGAAAUCAAUCAAGAAGUCCCAUGCCAAUCUUCUGGAGCCCACUUUUGGUUUGGAUGACUGGCAAGGGAAGUGGUUUCCCUACGCUCCCGGAGAGCCGCACAUUCCGAAAAAUGUGCAACGUGUGCAGCCAACAACAGAUGAACCAACUACUCCGUCAUUCAAAGAUGACUGGAAGGGCAAGUGGUUUCCCUACGGACCCGGGGAACCCCACAUAAUAAAGAUGACGCCAGAGCAGAGGACGGAGGUGACGGAAUCAAGUACCACAGAGUCACCGACUACAGAGGAUUCUAAAGGAAAAUGGCAGGGAAAGUGGUUUCCCCAAGGACCCAAUGAGCCACACAAGUCGCAUCCAAAGGACAACAUACCCUGUGACGAUGGAAAAAGCAACUUGGCUGUGGAUUUCGAUCCAAACGACAUCCGAGACAGCCUCAACUAUCUGUGUAUCAGUAGCAAUCGCCGGUUGUUUGAGCCGAACCUUACCAGGGAAGCCAUUCUGACAGAACACUUUGUGCCCAGCGCCUAUGUUCCUCCUGCCAAGUGCCUCAAUGAGACCAUCGACUACACCCACCUUCCUGCUACCAAUGGUGCCUAUCGCCCUUUGCCGGCGGAGUAUGGUGCCUACAGCUACUUGCCUCCUCAACGGUAUCUGCGCAACCUGGCUGAAGGUGCCAUUGUGAUGCUCUACCAUCCCUGUGCCUUCCCUGGUCAAGUGGAGCAACUGCAGCACAUCGUUGCCGGCUGCCUGUAUCGGCAUCUCAUCUCUCCAUCUUUGAGUCUCAGGCCCGAUAGGCCACUUGCCUUGUUGGCCUGGAGCUGGAGCCUAGAGAUGUCCGUGGUGGACAAGCACCUGGUGUCUGAUUUCAUCCAGAAGCACGCCAAGAAGGGACCACUUGCUGUGGAGGAGCUUUCUCGCGUGGUGGACAAGCGAGAGAAGUACAAGGAGGGCCUGCUGACGGAGGCCCGCUUGGUCACCACGGCGGAUGACUACGAGUUGUGCGGUUAUCUCCAGGAAGAGAUGUAAUGGGGUGUCAUAUACAUGUUAACUAUUAUUUUAAUAAACUUCGAAUAAUUGGACAAUAAUAAAA